AAACCCCGACCGCCGCCUCGUCCGCACCGAGGCUCCGCUCCUCUGAUCGCCAACGCUGCCUCCGAGUGAUCCACAGUUGGACGCAUCGAUCGCCGCCUACCGGACCAUCGCGUUAGCUGUUCUGUAGCUUCUCCGAUUCCGCCAUUUUUGCCUCUGCCUGGUGCUUUGGAGAUUACGGUUCGAAAUCGGAAGAGGAAGGAGAGAGUCUGGAGACACAACCGAUCGAUCGGAAAGGGAUGGUCCGAAGCGAUCAGGCGAAGCCGGCGGGCAAGUCGAUGUUGAAGCGCCUCUUCGAGAGGCAAUUCGCCAGCGCGCCCCGGAUCUCUCCGGAGGAGAGACUCGAUUCCUGGGCCGACUUGGAGCCGAGCUCCGUUUCUCUCGACAGGAUGAUCCGGAACUACAUGGAGGGGGAAAGCAACAACACAAGGAACCCUCCCGACGACGACCUCGCUGCAGAACCCACCAUCGCAUCCGCCGACGCCCGGGACGCCGCGGAGGCCGUUAAGGGUUUGGUGCUCUGCACGAGUCAGACGGAGAUAAAGCUCUUGGCAGAUGCAUCGAACCUCAUGGAGAAGAGCAGGAAUUGCAAGAGAAAAGAGGAGUACAUCAAAGCUGUCACCGCGGGCCUUCGAUCCCUCGGCUACGAUGCAUCCAUCUGCAAAUCUCGCUGGAAGAAAACCUCGUCAGUUGCAGCCGGAGAGUAUCAGUACAUCGAUGUGAUCGUCGGCGGCGGCGAGCGGCUUCUGGUGGACGUGGACUUCCGGUCGGAGUUCGAGAUCGCGCGGUCCACGAAGAGGUACCGUGAGGUGCUCCAAUCCCUGCCAUCCGUCUUCGUCGGGGAGGAGGACCGGGUGAACCAGAUCGUGGCCGUCGUGUCGCAGGCGGCGCGGAAGAGCCUGAAGAAGAAGGGUCUCCAUGUCCCGCCGUGGCGGAGGCCGGAGUACAUGCGCGCCAAAUGGCUUUCCACCUACUCGCGAUUGACUCCAUCGAAACCGAAACGACAAGCGAUCGGAAGCGGGGAGUCGGUAGAAGGGUAGGGGAUGGCCGACACCGGAGGCUGCGCCGCCAGGGUGGGGCAGCAACUCAGCGAGGCAGGGGAAUGAACCCGCGGCGGCGAUCUCGGCACUCACGUAAGGGCCGUGACUCAUUUUCUUUUUCGAGAAAUAUAUUAUUGGGAAAAUUAUAUAUUAUAUAUACGGUUGGAGUUCGAACCAAAAAAGAAAGGCUCAAUUUGAACCCAAUUACAUGUUCGGGUCAAGCUCGAGUUCGACAUGCACCAAAUGUAUCGACGUCGAUAAAACAUUAAUUUUAAGA